UGUGGUACCCCGUUUUCCGCGGACGAUGUGAUUUUGCUCAAUCCUCAGACGGAAGAAGAAAUCGAAGCUGCCAAACAGCGAUUGUUGGCUUAUCAACAGUCUGUCUCAACGAGCAGCAAGGCAAAGAAGCGACCAGCCACAGGGGCCUGCUCGAGCGGAUCCACAUCCAAGCCAACUGUGAAUGAUGCUAGUGACAGUGCGACCAAACCAAAGAGGUCUGCACCGGCAACAGCAAACAUUGGAAAUCAGGCCGCGGAAUCCUCCGGCACUCGCCAGUCCUCUGCAUCGAGUUCCACUCGAUCCAUUCAAGAGGAUCCAACCGCGAGCUCCGUGUACAAAUCCCUGUUUACAACAUCUGAGGAGGCGAGACGCCAGCCCAAAUCUCACUGGGUCACAUUCAAUCCGCUGUACUUUCGUUGA